CAAGAGCCUGUUGAAAAAGGCAACAAUAUGCACUGGCUACUGGUAGCAGUGCUAUGAGAAUUUAGGUACCGUAGGUAGGAUCUGGUAGCAAAGAGCAUGGACUUGGAGGCCGGGUCUUGUCAACCGCAUGCACACCACCAGAUUUAUAGCAGCAGUGGCAGCAGCAGGCUUCACUUUGAAAACUUCCCAUAGGUACUUCCUCUCCAUCUCUCAAACUUCGCCCUAUCAAAGUUAAGAGAUCACACACGCCAUCAACAAGCUGCCGGCAGCUGCCUCUGAAAGCCUAGAACGUUCAAAAUGGCUAACCGCUCCGACACGGGCAUCAUCUGCGCGGUGGCGCUGCUGAACGGACUUCUUAUUGCAACGAAUGUGGGCAUGCUGUCGUACGUUGUGAACAACAUUCUCGACCACACCCCGAAUCUUCGGCUUGUCAAGCCAAAUGCCAGGCCAAACGCUGCCACGCAGUACCUCCUCAUUUUCACUGCUAGUGCGGUGCUGAUUGGUGCCACCAGCGUCUUCCUGGGCUUCAUAACCAGUGCGAGGAGGAACAAUUCGAUUCGGGCGGCAGCUUUCAGCCUCUCCCUGGCAUCGAUCAUCCUGUACGCGCUUUCAAUCGGUUUUGGAGCGAAGCAGACCCAGCUUGGUGGCGAGGGCAGCGUCCCGAAAGCUAUCUUUGCCCUGGACGUCGUCCUCGUGGUGACUGGCACUCUGUACGCAAUUCUGCUGUACAUGGGCCUCAUUCACGAUGGGCACGCGGGAUUGGGAACUGGUACAGCACCGGCAGGAGCACCUCACUACGGCGGCGAUUACAAAGUUUGAGUCGCUCAUGGAGCGGAAGUAGAAGUAGAAGCUGAAGUAGUUUAUAACAUGCUGAGCGUGAGGUUGGUUUCUGCGAAGGUGUGUGAUGUAGACCAGAAGCAAGUCAAGUGAAGAACUUUGAAAUGUUGGUCAAAUGUUGGUCAGAUGUUAUUUGAGUCCAUUGCGUAGAAGCUGCGAAAUAUACAGCGCGUAGACACUCUGCUUUGCGCAAGAGCUAGCGAGAAACUCUUGAGUAGGAAAUGCACGCAGUGCACGCGGUAGACUAGCCAGCGUUGCAACCUAGCUUGUCAAACGCUCUGCAUUAACCUAGCUAGUUAGCAUAGCGUGUUUCUACCUGCUGAUUGUACUUACUAUUUUGAAGCGUCAGAAAUGAUAUUGCCUUGUCUCGUACGGUACAC